AGCCCAGCGGGAGGCUGUCUCGUUGCCUUGUCGUGUGACUACAGGAUCAUGGCGGAAAACCCCAAAUUCAGCAUCGGCCUGAACGAAGCCCAGCUGGGCAUUGUGGCUCCCUUCUGGUUUAAGGACACGUUUGUGAACGUUGUGGGACACCGAAUUGCUGAACGCUCCCUCCAGCUGGGCUCCCUCCACGCUGCACCCGAGGCCCACAAGUUUGGCCUUGUGGAUGAGCUGGUGCCAGAGGAGAAGCUCCAGGAGAAGGCUGUGGCUGUUAUGGCACAGUGGCUGGCCCUUCCCGACCAUGCCCGUCAGCUCACCAAGUCCAUGAUGAGGAAGGCGGUGUUGGACCGCCUCGUAGCUCACCGGGAGGAAGACAUUCAGAACUUCAUCAGCUUCAUCUCAAAAGAGUCCAUCCAGAAGUCACUUCGCAUGUACAUGGAGAUGCUGAAGAAAAAGAAGAGCUGAGGAGCCAGCCAACCGGGGCCCGGUCCCAGGAGCUUGAGUGACCCUCGAAACGCUGCAGUAGCUGUAGACUUUCACAGUGAAGCCAUCUGCAGUGUCAGCAGUUGGUGAUGUGCUGCCUGCUCCCGUGGCCGCCCCAACCGCCCCUUCCCCGUAGUCCCCAUAGAGUGCCUGACACCACCGCUGCCUUUCCUGAGAGCGAGGAGAGCUGCAUGCUCAGCUCCCCCAAGGAACGGACAGGGAGAGGGUCUUGACGCUGCUGUGGCCCGAGCCCGCUGGUCCUUGGAUAUCCUCCCUCCUGUCCAACAGGUAAUUGUGAAAUGAGAUUUGUCAAUAAAGUCUUUGAUGAGGUAGGA